AUGCUGCGCUCUUCAGUUGCCCCAAGCCGGCGCAUCCUAUCGGCCGCUGCUCGUCAACGGACCCCAUCUCAAUGGCUGUCCAAAGCCGGCGCUGCGCCGGGCCAGCGAUUUUUUGCUGACUCGAAGUUGCCUCCCACCGAGCCUCCAACUCCGGCAACCCCCUCCUCUCAGACAGUCGUCCCCCCACAAAUCCCGGCGAAGCCUACGGAGCCAGUGGCCGAGCUUCCUCCAGUUGCCCCGCCUAAGACUGGCCGUUUCCGACGAUUCCUGCUUUAUUUGAUCCUGACUUCGGGCAUCGCCUACGGCGGCGGUGUUUUCAUGGCGCUAAAAUCCGACAACUUCCACGACUUCUUCACCGAGUACGUUCCAUAUGGUGAGGAAUGCGUCUUAUACCUUGAGGAGCGAGACUUCUACCGUCGUUUCCCCAAUGCCACGCGGAAGUCCAAUCGCAUCCAGAUCACACGUGAUGAAGGCAAGCCAGUCACAAUCGCGAGUAACAGCGGCCUUUCAUGGAAAGUCACGAAAGACGAGCCCGUCAGCGAUGUUUCCAAGAGUGGGCCUCACACUAGCGCCAAGGUCCACGACGCCGAAACGAAGACCGAGGCAGUCAAGCCUGAAACUCGCACCGCAGCCGUGGAGCAUGUCAAAGAAGAGCAGGCCGUUAAGUCCAACAAAGAGGAGAAGAAACCCGUUGCCAAGGCGGAACCCAAGGAAGAUGAUGUGUCCCUGGAUGCGCCUCGCCAACCCGCGGUUGCUUCUAGCACCAUCGAGCUUCUGGAGUUAAAGGAUGGCGAUGAGCCGGUUGUGCAGCAGCUCGUCAAAACGUUCAAUGACAUUGUUACUGUCAUCAGCGCCGACGAGAACUCUAGCAAAUACUCUGCUCCGGUUGCCAAAGCCAAAGACGAGUUGGUGAAGAUCAGCGAGAAGAUCACGUCUCUAAGGGAAGAGGCUAAACGGGCUGCUAAGGAGGAGAUCGAUAAGGCGCACGAGACCUUUGACGAGUCUGCCCGCGAGCUUCUCCGUCGCUUUGAGGAAAUGCGGGCUGCUGAGGUUGCUCAAUUCCGCGAGGAGUUCGAGGCCGAGCGCGAGAAGCUGGCGACGGCUUAUCAGGAGAAGAUCAACGUGGAGCUUCAGCGUGCCCAGGAACUCGCUGAGCAACGCUUGAAAAAUGAGCUGGUCGAGCAGGCUAUUGAGCUGAACCGGAAGUACAUCCACGAAGUUCAAGGUCUCGUAGAGCGAGAGCGUGAAGGGCGUCUCAGCAAGCUGAACGAGCUCACCCAAAAUAUCUCUGAGCUUGAAUCUCUGACCACUGGCUGGAGCAAUGUCAUUGAUACCAACCUCAAGACUCAGCAGCUGCAGGUCGCUGUGGAUGCCGUCCGCUCUGUCGUGGAGCGUUCAGAAACUGCUCGUCCUUUCGUUCGCGAGCUGGUCGCUCUCAAGGAACUUGCUGCUGACGACGCCGUUGUUGAUGCUGCUAUUGCCUCCAUCAACCCGAGCGCCUAUCAGCGCGGUAUCCCCUCCCCCAGUCAGAUCAUUGAACGCUUCCGCCGUGUGGCAGGCGAGGUUCGGAAGGCUAGUCUGCUGCCUGAAAACGCUGGUAUUGCCAGUCACGCUGCUAGCCUUGUCCUGAGCAAGGUUAUGUUCAAGAAGGACGGCCUCGCAGAUGGCGAUGAUGUUGAGAGCAUUCUUCUCCGCACCGAGAAUCUCCUGGAGGAAGGCCAUCUUGAUGCUGCCGCUCGUGAGAUGAACACACUGCAGGGCUGGGCCAAGAUUCUGAGUAAGGACUGGCUGGGCGAUGUGCGGCGCGUGCUUGAGGUCAAGCAGGCUCUCGAGGUCAUCGAGACUGAAGCCCGCCUCCAGUGUUUGCGGGUCGAGUAA